UUCGAGCCUAAUUGCCUCUUUAAAAUGGAUGAGUUUGGCUUCUUUCUUACAUGGAAGAGUGAAGGAAAGGAAGGUCAGGUUUUGGAAUGCUCCCUGAUCAACAGCAUACGGUGCGGGGCAGUGCCCAAGGAUCCAAAAAUCCUGUCUGCGCUGGAGUCCGCCGGGAAAGCCGAAAGCGAUCUGGAAGGGCGGAUAGUGUGCGUCUCUGCUGCGGGACGGACCUGGUGAACAUCAACUUCACUUACAUGGUAGCAGAGAGCGUGGACGUAGCAAAGCAAUGGGUAGAAGGGCUCAGAUCUAUCACGCAUAACUUUAGAGCCAACAACGUCAGUCCAAUGACAUGUCUCAAAAAACACUGGAUGAAACUUAUGUUCCUCACCAACAUCAAUGGGAAAAUCCCCGUCCGAAGUAUCACACGAACAUUUGCAUCUGGAAGGACGGAAAAGGUCAUCUUUCAAGCGCUCAAAGACAUCGGUUUUCCGAGUGGAAAGAAUGACGACAUCGAGCCCUCGACAUUUACAUUCGAUAAAUUUUAUGAGCUUACACAGAAGAUUUGUCCUCGAACGGACAUAGAAGAGCUGUUUAAAACAAUCAACGGAGAAAAAUCGGAUUGUUUAACGGUAGACCAAUUAGUGAGCUUUCUGAAUCAACAUCAAAGAGAUCCUCGUCUGAAUGAAAUCUUGUUCCCAUUCUUCGAUGCAAAGAGAGCAAUGCAGAUCAUAGAGACGUAUGAGCCUGAUGAAGAGCUGAGGCAAAAAGGUCAAAUAUCAAGCGAUGGGUUCUGCCGAUAUUUGAUGUCUGAUGAGAAUGCCCCAGUCUUUCUCGAUCGAUUGGAACUCUACCAGGAAAUGGAGCAUUCGCUUGCACACUAUUUUAUAAGCUCCUCCCACAAUACAUACCUUACCGGCAGACAGUUUGGUGGGAAAUCAUCCGUAGAAAUGUACAGACAGGUCCUUCUAGCUGGAUGCAGGUGUGUUGAGUUGGAUUGCUGGGACGGAAAAGGUGAAGACCAGGAGCCCAUAAUUACUCAUGGGAAGGCCAUGUGCACCGAUAUCCUCUUUAAGGAUGUAAUAAUAGCCAUCAAGGAGUAUGCAUUUGUCACCUCGGAGUAUCCUGUCAUCCUUUCAUUUGAGAACCAUUGCAGUAAAUAUCAACAGUACAAGAUGUCCAAAUACUGCGAGGAAAUUUUUGGGGAUCUCCUACUAAAGCAGCCCAUCGAGACACACCCGCUGGAGUGUGGAAGAUCUUUACCAUCCCCCAACGACCUAAAGAGAAAGAUCCUCAUUAAAAACAAGCGCUUAAAAUCUGAAGCCGAGAAAAAGCAGCUUGAAGCCUUGAAGAAAAUGAUGGAGUCUGGGGACACCGUGGCACCAGCCAGCAUCCUGGAAGAUGACAUCGAGGAAGAGACAGAAAAUGCUGAUCAAGAGGAAGAAGCCCAUCCCGAGUAUAAGUUUGGAAGUGAACUUUCAGCAGAGGACCUCAGCCAAAAAGAAGCUGCAGCUAACAGUGCAAAAAAGGCUGUGGAAGACUCUGAACCAGAAAACAAUAAUAAAAAGGGUCAAGCAACCGUGGAUGAUGAACAAGCAUGGAUGGCCAGUUAUAAAUAUGUAGGAGCCACAACCAAUAUACAUCCGUUUCUGUCAGCGAUGAUCAACUACGCCCAGCCAGUAAAGUUCCAGAGCUUUAAAGUGGCAGAAGAGAAGAACAUCCAUUACAACAUGUCUUCUUUUAAUGAAUCGGUUGGAUUGGGGUAUUUGAAGACACAUGCCAUUGAGUUUGUAAACUACAACAAGCGUCAGAUGAGUCGCAUCUACCCCAAGGGGGGGCGAGUGGAUUCCAGUAAUUACAUGCCGCAGAUUUUCUGGAACGCCGGCUGCCAGAUGGUCUCCCUGAACUAUCAG